GGCGAGGAUGGUUAUAAAACAAGGUGUUAGACCUUGUGCUGUCACUUGAUAGGGACAGAAGACAUUCAACUAUUUUCAAGACCAAGUCCAAAAUGUUUGUAUACGCGCUUCUCGCCUUGAGUACAGUGCAAUUGUUUGGUCUACCAGAAGUGUCUUCGUACACUUACCAGGAAUGUCCAACAUGGUGGGUCAAGAGAGGAUGUAGGAUAGAUUAUCAUCGGAAUUUGAAAGCUCUUUUCGAUGAUAGAAAACCUGAUUCAGUCGUAAAGAUUGACUGGGACAACUUUGAUGGAUAUGUAUACGACUUGGCCUGCCGUUGUCGUGCAGCGGCUAUUGCACAGGGAUACUCGUGGUUUGCUCUGGAGAACUAUGGCGUUUGUUUCUCGGCUGCAGGACCUUUUUCAAGUUAUUUGGCAAACUUCACACUUGAUCCUGAAGCAAAUUGUAUUGGAGUUUUGAAACACAACAAGACUAUUGUGAGCCAAGAAGAUGGAGAAAUCUGUGUGGGUGGAUAUUUCAGAGCCUAUAUGUACGAGAUUACAAACAUCGGUGCCCAAGCACCUGCUCACGCUCCAGAAGAAGAAGAGGAAGAAGAAAUAGCUCAAUGCASCACUGUGUCUGAUGUGAUCUUGGUGGUUGAUGUGUCUGGUAGUGUUGGCCAGGAUAACUUCAAACUUGUUCUGGAAUUUCUCCAAAAGUUUUUGAACGCUUACGACUUUUCUGCUGGAAAAUCAAGGCUUGGAAUARUUACCUUUGACGAGAAAUGCUACGUGGACUUGACCUGGAUGGACAGUGGUAGCAUGUCACUAUCACAGAUGAGAGAUGUAAUAAACAACAUUCAGUACACUGCUGGAUCAACCCUGACCGACAAUGCACUCAAUUGUGCGCGAGAUAAAAUCAUCAAGCUUUCUCAGAGACCAGGAGUUCCUAAAACCGUAAUCGUCAUGACUGAUGGUCAGUCUUGGAACGGGCUAAACAGACUCCCGGCACCUUCUGCCGAACUCAGGGGUAUGGGCUGCAAGAUGCUUGCCAUAGGUAUUGGUAAUGACGUUGAUCCUAAUGAACUUCAAAUUAUCACCGGGUCUUCAAGUCAAAUAUUCCUUCUGAGCUCCUUCAAGAAUCUCAUCGAGUAUGCUGCAACUAACGUGAAUAAGCUACUCUCAAAAGCUUGCAUACCUUAAACAGAGGUUGCUCUU